AUGCAAGCUCAAGCAGCUUCUCUUGACGUCGUAGCUAAGUUUGGCGCAAAGGCUGACUUGAAUACAGAUUUGAGUAAGCUAAGUGAAAUUACAACUCACUUUAAUACUCUAACGGUGAAAACAUGUAUAAUUUCUUUAUUAAUCUAUUUUGUUUUGCCAUUGUUGGAUGCUUGGAAAGAAGCUUGUGGUUCAACAACUCCAACAGCAAUUUUGAUUCCUGAAGGGACAUAUUUGUUAAGUCAAGCAACGCUGGAAGGUCCUUGCAAGGCUCCUAUUGAGCUUCAACUUGAGGGCAAUGUAAAAGCACCAGCUGAUCCUAAAGCUUUCAAGGAGCCUAAAUGGGUUAGCUUCCUUCAUAUUGAAAACUUCAAAUUGUUCGGUGGAGGAGCUUUCGAUGGACAAGGGACCACUUCUUAUAAGAGAGAAGGUUGCGAAAAACACGACUUCUGUAGUAACCUCCCCAUCUUUGACCAAUGCAAUGGUACAAGGUAUAUAACUCUCAGAGAUAGCAAACAGUUCCACGCUAAUGUUUUGGGAUGCAAAAACAUUACUUUCGAACAUGUCACUGUAUCCGCACCUAAAGAUAGCCCAAACACAGAUGGGAUUCACAUCGGGAGAUCAGAUGGGGUUAAAAUUAUAGAUACGAAUAUCAAAACUGGUGAUGAUUGUAUUUCAAUUGGGGAUGGUGCCAAAAAUCUAGACAUCACGGGAAUUAAAGUGUCGAAGUGUACGUUGACUGAUACUUCGAAUGGUGUUAGAAUCAAGACUUGGGCAGGUGAAUUUCCUGGCACAGCAUCAGAUAUGCAUUUUGAGGAUAUCACCGUGAAGAAUGUUAGUUGUCCCGUCCUGAUUGACCAGAAAUACUGCCCAUGGAAUAAAUGCAAAAUGGAUGCUGAAUCGAAUGUUAAACUAAGCAACAUUAGCUUCAAGAACAUUCAUGGUACGGCUGCGCUUCCAGAAGUUGUCAAACUCGUUUGCAGUGGUAUUUUUCCAUGCGAAAAAUUUAGAACUCACCGACAUUGA